AUGCAAGUAGUCACUAUUAUAUUAUUAAUUCUUCUUUGUAGUGCAUCUGACUGUAGGAGGACAAGGAAUAGGAGUUUGAGAAACAAUGAAAGGGAAAACAUCUUAAGGAGAGCAUCUAGCACUGUUAAACGCAAUGCCCGAGACCUAACAUGUGAUAUUUACACUUAUCUUCAUGAGAAAUACUUAGACUGUCAGGAAAGAAAAUUGGUUUUUGUGGCACCUGAUUGGCCAGAGGAUAUAAAACACAUGCUGCUAGCAAGAAACAGAAUUCGUAAAUUAAAGAAUAAUAUGUUUUCUAAGUAUAAAGCACUGAAAAGUCUGGAUUUACAACAGAAUGACAUAUCAAAAAUUGAGAGCGAGGCUUUUUAUGGUUUGGAUAAACUUACCACGCUCUUGCUUCAGCAUAACCAAAUUAAGAUUUUAUCUGAGGAGAUUUUUAUUUAUACACCCAGUCUAAACUACCUUCGUCUCUAUGACAAUCCCUGGCAUUGCAGCUGUGAACUAGAAACUCUUGUUACAAUGCUACAGGUUCCAACAAACAGGAAUUUGGGAAAUUAUGCCAAAUGUGUGCACCCAGUAGAACUGAAAAAUCAGAAGUUAAAGCAGGUAAAAGCUGAUCAGCUGUGUAGUGAAGAGGACAGGCAGGAUCCCAAAAACAUAAAACGGGAGAAACCUGAACCUGCCAAACCAGAAUUUGAUUCCUCUUUGUGCCACAUGUAUGUGUUUCCUGUGACAACUCUGAACUGCAGAAGAAAAGAUUUAAAGAAAGUUCCAGGCAACAUGCCUCCAGAUAUAGCUAAACUUGAUUUGUCCAACAACAAAAUUAGACAGCUACGAGCCAAGGAGUUUGAAGAUGUCAGUGAACUGAAGAUAUUAAAUCUAAACAGUAAUGGAAUAGCAUACAUUGAUCCUGCUGCUUUUUCAGGCCUCAAUAACUUAGAGGAGCUGGAUCUAUCAAACAACAGCUUGCAGAAUUUUGAAUAUGGAGUGCUGGAAGAUCUUUACUUUCUGAAAAUACUGUGGCUGAGAGACAAUCCUUGGAGAUGUGAUUACAACAUACAUUAUCUUUUCUACUGGCUGAAGCAUCACUACAACGUUCACUACAAUGGCCUAGAAUGCAAAAUGCCUGAGGAAUACAAAGGAUGGUCUGUUGGAAAAUAUGUCCGAAGUUAUUAUGAGGAAUGCCCAAAAGACAAGCUUCCUGUUUAUCCAGAAACUUUUGAUCUGGACAAAGAGGAUGAGGAAUGGGAACGACACAAGGAGCAAACAGUUCAGACAGUAAAGAAGCAUGGAGUAAUUGUCACUGUGAUAGGCUAA